UAUUGAUACAACAUAUUUUCUAUGGAUCAACUGCUAAAGCUCCGGCCGGUCGGUCGCCUCGAGCGAUGCUCCACUGCUCGCCAUCAUCUAAAGUUCUACCACAACGUAGCAGUAGCAGCCACUUACACACUUCCCAGAACAUUUACCCUCCCAAUCAAAGCCUAUGUCUUCAAGGCCUGCGAAAUACUCAUUGGGCAGCACCCAAUUCUCACAGCUGUUCCCAUCGGCGAGGAGACGAAGGAACCCUACUUCGUGCGUCUUCCGAAUAUCGACCUGAGCCAAUCAGUUUCCUUCCAGGAACGUAAGCACGGCUUCCCAGGUGCAGAUGACCAGGACGAAGAGCUAGACGCGCUGCUGAACAUCGAGCACAACAUCGGCUUUGAGCUCCCGCUGCCGUUCUGGAGACUCGUCGUUUUAACCGAUGAUGCCGAUGAUAUCGAAAGUCGGCUUACUGUCGUCUUCGUAUUCCACCAUGCUAUCUCCGACGGCACAUCAGGGAAGGUCUUCCACAAGUCAUUUCUCCAGGCUUUGCAAUCCCUGUCAUCAUUGACCGCCGACGACGUCAAGGAGGUGGUUCCCUCUCCUAACUCACCACUUCUUCCACCCGGGGAGGCCAUCCACCCCCAGCCAGUGUCCAUCUCGUACCUGGCGACUCAAUGGUUUAAAGCCAAGGUCUACGACCCCCGGGACCCGGGUUUAUGGACCGGCUCGGAGAUCAAAGUCCCGUUGGAGACUAAGGCGAAGCACUUCGUCCUCCCGCAGCACAUCUCCUCAACGCUCAGAGAACGCAGUCGUGAGCACAAGUCCACUAUCACAACCGCUCUGCAAGUCCUCAUCGCUCGCGCUCUCUUCACCCACCUCCCCGAAACUUUCACAAAGGUCGCGUGUACCAGCGCGAUCUCUACCCGUCGCUUCCUCCCACCCCCCAUCACGGACGAUACAAUGGGCGUCUGGGUACAAGAGUACAUCGAAGGCUUCGCCCGAAACGACCUCAGUGACACCGCCUCCUUCCCCUGGUCAGAGGCCGUCCGGUCCCGGGCCACACUCGCAAAAGAACUUGGAAAGGAAGGCAGAGACGCUUCUGUCAACCUUCUUAGGUACGUAGAUGACUACCAUAAGGACCUUUAUCUGUCGAAGGUAGGUCAUCACCGAGGGACUACCUUCGAGGUGUCGAAUAUCGGGGCUUUCCCUGCGGGUAAGGCUGCAGAGGGGAUGGCACGGAUCGGACGUGUUGUUUUCUCCCAGAGCGCGUCGGUUACGGGGAAUGCGUUCGAGGUCUCGGUUGCUUCUGGGGGUGAUGGGUGUUUGGUGUUGACGUUUACGUGGCAGGUGGGUGUUGUGGAGGACUUGUUUAUUUUGAAUGUGAUGGAGUCGGUUCGGCAGGAGAUGUAUGACCUUUGCGUGUGAUUGGUUGUUGGGUUGCUUUUCUUUGCUCUCUUGCUGUAUGUUUGGUUUGCAUGGUUGUGGUUCUAGAGUAUAGACUUUAUAUAAUAAUAAUAGAGCAAUAGAUGUAUUUUGCAGCCUGGAUUGACAUGUUUUUGUUCAAAGCGAAUUCUGCGCUGGAUCUUUAAGCUGCUGUCUCG